AUCAGAUCAGGAAGCUCCCGAGUCCACUCAGUAGCUCCCCGUCACCCCGUGGGCGCCAAUUCCACUCUCUCGACCGAGGACCGAGCCGCAGAAGAGGGACUUGAGCUCGGCGCGCUCGUCGUCCCGCGACCGAACAUCCUCCAAAACCAAAAGAAUCCCCGCUCCAUCCGACUCAGCCCCCGAGCGAUCUCGAAUCAGCCAGCGACAGACCCAAAAUGGUCAAUAGGAUCCUCUUCUGGACGGGCUUCGGCCUUGUCGUCCGCUUCUGGCAGCUAGGCAUCGAGAUGCGGCCAUUCUUCCACAGGAAAUCGCUGUGGGCGUAUCCCGUGUUUGGCGCCGUGGGCGCCAGUUUCGGGUACUGGCUGCAAGGGGUGGACGAGCGGCAGACCCGGUUGCUGCAGGAGCGGAAGCAGGCCAUCAUGGAGAAACGGGCGCGGCGGGCGCAGCGCGAGGCGGCUGCUGCGGCUGCCGCGCCGAGCGAGGCUGCUUCUGCCUGAGAAGGUUCCAUGUUUAACAGACCUACCAAGGGGCUCAGCGUCGGACGGGGUGGCGGCAAGGAGGAAUGAAGUUUAGGGGAUGAAAUCGAAGGCACUAUGCCGAUUUCACAAUUGGUUGGCAGGAAUGUCUAAGACGGUCGGCGAGGUAGAUUCAAGUGUACAAACCAUGUUUCUUCUUUUUUGGAUUUC